CUCUGUCUCUUUCACAAAAAUAAACUUAAAAUUUUUUUUUAAAAAUCCACUUAAUGAGACUAUCCAAGAAUAGUUAGCAUGUGAAAAGAAAAUUCUAGGUCAGUUAACAUGAUUGUGUUCCUUGCGAUUGCUGCCAUAGUGCUGUCUCUCUAAACUUUUGCACAGAGAAGACAUUUUCCGUCAGCUGUGUAUUUUCUGACAAUACACGGGAGAAUGCUCACAGAAUAGAAGCAUUUAGAAAGCAACAUUUAGGAGAUUUAACAGCCUUCAGGCAAAAUCUCCACAGUAAAUUGCUCUUUAUCAGUGUCCCUGAAAACAGCUUUGUAAGAAAAAAAAAAUUUCGCAAUUCAUUGUGGGUUUUUUUUUUUUUUUCUAUUAGUUGGGUUUUCCUGUGACUCAUACAAUUGGCAUGAUUUCUUUGGAGAGAUCAGAGUGCUGGGUGUGUAAAUAUCAUUCGGUGGCCAAUGAAGAGAUUGGUUAGGAAAAAUGUUAAUGGAUCUAUGCUCAACUUUGCUUCUCCUGACCCUUAUAAUCCCCCAUUGUGCCAGAGGUUGCUAAUUGUGCCCCCAUAUGUGUUUUCCUCUUCUCACAUAAAGUCAGAACUCCUCAUUUCCAGUUGGACACAUGGCUGCCUGGAAUAGAUACUAUGUCUCCAAGCUUCUCGUGCAGCUAGGCUGCCCUGUCCAUCUUGUAGACAGAUGUGAAUGGAAGGGGUGCAUACCACUUCCAUCAAGAGCCACUUAAGAAGGGAGCAUGCCUCUCCUCUCCCCUUCCUUCUUCAGGUAGGCCCACUGUAGAGAUAAUAGCUAGAAUUUAAGCAGACCUCACAGAACAGGAUGGGACCUGAGGGAUUGUGGUAGUUAUCUAUUGCUGCAUAAUAAAUUACCCCACAAUUUAGCAGUUUAAAACCACAAACGCGAUCUUGCAGUUUUUGCGGCAUGUCAGCUGGCUUCUCCCUAAGUGCGGAAGCCAAGAGAGAGCCAGGAGGAAGCUGCAAUAUCUCUUGUGACGUAGUUUUGUACGUGUCACGUCAGCAUUUCCACCAUACUCUAUUCGUUGUUAAGUAGCCCGCUACAAUUAGUCCACAUUCAAGAAGCGUGGAUCAGAUGCCACUUUUUUUAAAAAAUUGUUUUAAAUGUUUACGCUUUGAGAGAGAGAGAGACAGAGACAGAGUAUGAGUGGGGAAGGGGCAGAAAGAGAGAGAGGGAGACACAGAAUCUGAAGCAGGCUCCAGGCUCUGAGCUGUCAGCACAGAGCCCGACGCAGGGCUAGAACUCAUGAACCUAGAUGCCACUUCUUGAAGGUAUGAGCACCGUGGUAGAUAAAACUGUUGCCCCUGCCCAUCCCCCUCUCCCAAAGGCACCCAUGUUCUAAUCCCCAGAACCAGCGAAUAUGUUACCUGGCAUGGAAUAAAGAAUUUUGCUGAUGUAAUUAAGGGCAGAAACAGGGAAAUUUCAUGGAUUAUGUGGAUAGCCUUAAUACAAUCAUAAGGGGGUCAGAGUGAGAAUAGGAAAUGUAAUGAUGGAAACAGGUCAGUGUGAGGUUGCCACGAGUCAAGGGAUGCAGAAGCCUCUAGAAGCGGGAAAAGGAAAUCCUUUUGUGCUCAUUCAUACUUGUUCAUCAAGACCUUUGAGUCCUCAAGGGCCGAAUUUACCUCUAAACUGAAAAAUGGAAAGUAAAGUACCUUUAUUCUGCCAGGCAGAAGAAAAUAGCGAUUUAUCAGAUGAAGGCUGCGGUUCUCUUGCAACCAACUUGCCAUCGAGACAUAUUGACAACAAGAAAGACAUCAAGUUUUCUCAAAUGACACAGAAGACAAUUUCACGUGAAAUUAAGGGUUUGAGGCUAGAGCACAAAAAAAGGUAUGAAACAUCGAUAUUCCUCUGUGGAGAAGAGAAAUCCUCUGAUUUUUCAGGAGAGAAAAAGUUCAGAAGAAAGAAAAGUUUACAAGUACAGUUGCAUACUGAAAGAACUGAGAUUGCCUCUUCCUCAGUGAAGCUGUUGAAGGAGAAGAUGACUAAGAAAGAAAGGUCUUCACUCAAGUUUCCGAAUCAGGACAGUGUUCACAAGACUUUAUCACCCCUUUGUACAUCUUCCUCAGUUAUUCGGAAAAGGGAAAUGCUUUCUAGCCUCUGCAAGACAUCAUAUAAUGAAGUACCUCAAGGACACUUACACUCACAAGAAUUAAGCGCACUUCAGAAGGCCUGUAAAAUUUUUAGCAAAAUUCAAAGUGGUAAAAUUUAUGUGAAUGAUCUGCCAAUGAUCCAUCACACCUUGAAGAUUUUUAUAAGUGAUUCGGAAAUGCAAAAGGCACUAAAGACUGUUGAUAUUGAUGUUAAUGGAAUGCUGGAGUUUUCAGAUUUCCUUAAGACUGUGAAUGAUGUUUGUUAUUUGGUCUCCCAGGAUCCAGCAUUCCAGAAUGCCUUGAAGAUUUUCUGUAGGAUAAAAAGUGGUCGAGUUGCGACUGAUGAACUGGCUGCUGUUUUGGAUAGCAUGGAUAUUCCUGUAAUUCCUGAAACUUUUCAGGAAGUGAUAAAACAUGCUAGUAUAGACAGUAACCACAUGGUGGAUAUUAGAGAUAUUCUAUUUAUUUUGGAUGAACUACAGCACCAGUAUGAAGAUUUUUCAGUUAUGGAAUCAUCAGCCUUGGAUGAAUCUACUUCAAACAGAAAGUUAUCAAAUAUAUCAGAAUGUUAUCCACAGUAUAGGAUGAAAAGCAGUUUCUCUUCCAGACUACGUGAACCAUCAUUAUUCCCAAAGUUAAAUAGAAAACACCUCCAAUAUCAUAAAGUUAUGGAGGAUAAUGAUUACCUUGAAUUUAAAAGAUCAAAAACUCCUUUGCAAAUAAAAAAAUUCCUAAAUGGGGUUGAUAGCAGUGAUAGAGGAUUCCGGGAACCAUAUUCAAAGGAUGGCAUAAACUUUAAGAAAAGUUCAGAGAAGAUUGAAAUUCAUGACUCAAAGUCUACGUCACAUAGCUUGAAGAGCAUCACAAGCCUCAAAAAGUCUCUGGAUAAAAGUGAUCAUUUUAGUAUCCCCAAACUUCAGAAGCCAGCUGUGAGAAGGCAUUCCAGCCUCCUAAAACAGGUUUCAUCGAAAGAAAAGAUUGCAGUGAAUGCUCUGGAAAACAUCUGUGAAGCUAUCAAUAAACUCCAAGAAAAUUGUAUUGCUGCAGAAGAACUUCAGUCCUUUUUGCCUUCAAUAGGAGUUACUUUAUCAGACAAAGAGUUCAAGGAGAUUGUGGCAAAGACUACUCAAAAUGGAAAUGGAAUGGUGAAGUUAGAUGACUUUAUGAGCGCUCUCUCCAAGGAGCAAAGUCUUCCUGAAUGUGAUGUGUUGACUGAUGUCAUUAAAGCCAUUGAUAAAAUUAAAGAUGAAAAUAUUGAUUAUGAGGAUAUGAAUACUUGUCUUCAGCAUUUUGGAGUUUACCUUUCUAAGCCAGAAUUUGAGAAGAUCACAGAGUUGACUGAAGCUGACAAAACGAAAAAAGUGAAUUUUAAAGAUUUCAUUGAUACAAUGAUGACCAAUACGGAACGCUUCUCUGAAAAAUUAUUAUUGCCUGAUGCUAUUGAAAACCUCCAUAAUCUCAGCAAAGGGAAGAUGAAUAUUUCUCACCUGUGGACCACUCUGUCUAACUUGAAUAGUAACUUGAAAAAAAAUGAAUUCCUAGCUGCACUGAAAUUAACAACAGUGGAUGAAGAUGAUGAAGUACAAAUAGAAGAAUUUGGACAAGUGGUAAAGGAUAUUCGUGAUGCCUCCAGGUUAAAAGAGUUACAAGACAUUGUCUUAGCUCUUGAUGGGCUUGAAGGUGACAUGAUAUCUGGGAAGAACUUGGAGAGCUUUCUAGGAAAUAUUGGGAUUAAGUCACCUGAAGAAGAGGUAGAGAAAAUUCUUCAGUCAGAUCUUGUUUCUGAUGACAACAUGGUGAAUGUUAAAGACUGUAUGAAGGCUUUGAAGGACACUCAGAAAUUUUCCAGUUUUGUUGCAUUGAAUGACAUCAUCGGUACAUUGGAAUGUAUGGAGGAAAGUGAUCAGUCUGGCAAGGACAACUAUGCAGAUGUACUUGGAAACACCAAUAGAAUUUAUUUCACUGAUAAUAGUUUUCAAGAAGUGCUGGAUGAUUCCUUGCUCGACGACUUUAGGAAAGAGGCUUUGUCUUCAAAUCUGAAACUACCAACAGCAGAUGCAUUUAAAGAAGCUGCUUAUAUCUUGACAAGUGUUGAUAAUGGCAAGAUUGGCAUACGUAACUUGGAGCAUGCCCUGAAAAGUUUGAAUGUUAAUUUAGCUGAGGAGGACGUCAGUGAAGCCCUUAAAUAUUGUGACAUCAGUGAUGAUAAUGAGGUGAAUUUAAAAGAUUUCUUUGAAAGAAUUAAAGGAAGUCCACCUUUCAAAGAGUCCAUAGUUACACAGCUACUCUUCGUUACUGUUCAAAUUCUCCAGAAUGAUCUGAUUGAUGUCUCUAACCUGAAGGCAUUAUUGAUGAACAGUGACUUUCAUGCAGCUAAUGUUUUACUUGAUGAAGUAUUAAGACAUGGACCUGAACACGAAAAUGGCAAGAUUACCUUUCAAGAAUUUUUUAUUAAGUUCUGUGAUACAUUGAACAUGCCUAAAGCCUCAGGAAAUAAAAAUCAAUUUUACAACAUCAACAUUUACAAAAAUGAACUUAAAGACAUUCCUGUACUUCAGCAAAAUUUAAAUGCCAUUGGAAUCUAUCUAACAGAUGAUAAAAUAAAGGAGACUUUGGAUAACACUAAUCCUAACGAUGAAGUGGUGAGUUUUAAGGAUUUCAUCAGAGAAUUGAACAACAGUGAUGAAUUUAUCGAGUGCCACAGAAUAGAAGAUGCAUGUAACGUUGUUAAUAGUGUCUUUGAUAGGAAAGUUGAAGUUAAAGACCUUUUAUCUGCGUUGGAGGGCCUGGAGAAACCUUUAAAUGAAGAAAAACCUGAGGUGUUACUGAACUCUGAAACAGAUGAAAGUAAAAAGAUCUUAAAAGAUGUAAUUGAUGUUUUCACUAAUUCACCUAAACCAUCAACACCAUUCAAUAAUUUAUGUAAAGAGAUUACAACUCUUGAUAAGAUCAGAAAUGAUAAGAUGCCUAUAAAUGAGCUGAGGUCCCAACUCUGGAAGGCUAGAAUUCCAUUAAGCAACAAGACGUUCCAGGAAAUUCUGGGUCAAGCAUCUAUUGAUGAAAAUAGUGAAGUAAGUCUCAAACAAAUUUUGGAGGCUUUGAACACAAAUAAGCCAGCUCCUGAAUUUGAAGAUUUAUGUACUGCCCUCCAAACUGUCAACUUGAUGAAUUGCAGCAGAAUUCAGAUUGGUGACUUGAAAGAUGCUUUUGAUGACCUCAAUGUUUCUGUAAAGCCUGAAGAACACCAGAUGUUAGUGAAAACGCUUGAUGUUGAUGAAAAGGGAGAUAUUUUUCUAAAGACUGCCCUUUUAGCCCUGAAGAGCAUUAAGCGUUUUCGAGAUUUUAGAGAGGUUAAUGAACUUGCAAAGGCGUUAAACAAAGUCACCAAUGAAAAAGUUGUUGUUGAUGAUAUAAAACCUAUACUGAAAGGCUUGGGGAUUUAUUUGCCAGAGGAAGAAUUGCAGGAGAUGCUUACAUCCAUUUCUCUUGAUAACGAGGGGAAAGUGAACUUAAAAGAUUUCCUGACUCAGUUAAUGAAAAUGCCAUAUUUUACAAAAGUUCAAAAAAAAGAAGGCCCCUUGAAAACUUUGGCCGCCAUUAGGAAAAAUGAGGUCACUCCCGAUGAUCUAGACUCCAUGAUGAAAAAUAUAGGAGUUCCAUUACCCCAAGAUGCGAUUCAAAGAUCCCUGAAGAAUGUGGCUAUCACGGGAAGUAAGGUUGAUGACAGCAACUUAGACACUUUUCUAGGAAACAUGAAGAUGGAGAUGUCAGCUGAUGGAACAGUUGAACCUAAUAAACUAAUGAAUAAAGCUGAAACUGUUACAGGAGAGACAGUAGCUGUCAGAGACCUGGACGAGAUACUAGGGAACAUGGGCUUUGAACUCACCAAAGAAGAUUCUGGAGAGAUGAAAAGAAAACUUCCACUUUAUGCUAAAGGGAAGACUGAUCUAAAAACAUUGAUAGAUUCAGUACAAGUUAUUACAGGAGGAGAAGUUGACCUCAGUGACCUGGAAAAUGUCUUGCAAAAUAUGGGCAUAGAGUCCUCACCAGAGCAUUCGGAGCUAAAGAAAUUACUUCCAAUUAAUGCUACAGCUAGUAGAAAAAUAUAUAAGACUAGUUUGCUGAAUUGUGCAGAAGAUGUAAAAGAUGAUGACCAUGACCUUGACUCUAUUCUUGAAAACAUGGCAAUCAGACUUACAGCUGAGGAACUUAAUGAUGUACCAGUUGCUUCAGAUGCUUCAGAUGUACCAGCUGAUGGCAUGGAUCGUCAUAUCCUUGGACCAGACUUCACGAUUCAAGGAGAGAUUAUUGAUGUCGAUAAAAUGGAUUCUCCUUUGCAAACUAUGGGGACGAACCUUUCAGAAGAGGAAAUUAAUGAUCUGACACGUGAUCUACCAGCCGACGUUCAUGGGAAGGUUGAAAUGAGAACGCAUAUGGAUGGAAUGAAACCUUUUACAGGAAAAAAGGUUCAUGUCAGUGAUCUGGAGAAAGUUCUGGGAAGCAUGGGGAUUGAGCUCACAGCUGAGGAGCUUAAAAAGCUGCAGGAAACUCUGCCAAUUGAUGCUGCUGGAAACGUAUUUCAGAAUGCAAUGUUGGAGGGGGUGAAAUCCACUAAGGGAGGCAAAGUUAAGGUGAAUAACCUGGACACUGUCCUGGAAAACUUGGGAAUCAAGCUCACACAAAAGGAACACGAAGAUGUGACAGAAAAUCUACCACUUACCGCUAAUGGGAAGGUUGAGCUCAGCACAUUGAUGGAUGCAGUGGCCACUGUUACAGGAGGAGAAGUUAAUGUCAGUGAUAUUCAAAGUAUUCUGGAGAAAAUGGGGGUAGAGCUCACAGACAAGGAGUGCUCAAAACUAAAGAAAUGUCUGCCAGUCAAUGCUGUUGGAAAGGUGUACCAAAAUAGGUUGAUGGAUGGUGUAAAAACCCUUAAAGAUAAUGGGAAGGUUAAGGUGAAAAAGUUGAUGGAUGCAUUGAAAAUGUUUUCUGGAAAAAAGAUUGAUGCCAAUGAUCUGCUAAAGGUCCUGGGAGCCAUGGGGAUCGAGCUCCCUGAAAAGGAACUAGUGAGGCUGAGACAGACCGUGCCUAUCGACGGUGAGCCAUCUGCUGGAAAGGUGUAUAAGAACAGAUUGUUGGAUGGUGUGAAGUCUGUAAAAGGAGGAAUGGUUAAAGCCAAUAACCUAGACAGGGUUCUGGAAAAUCUGGGAAUUGAACUCACAGAAAAGGAACGUGAAGCUCUGGCAGAAAAUCUGCCACUUAGUGCUAAUGGGAAGACUGAGCUCAAAAAAUUGAUGGAAGCAGUGGAAACUAUUACAGGGGGAGAGGUUGAUGUCAGUGAUGUAGGAGGUGUUCUGGAAAACAUGGGAGUAACUGUCACAGAUAAGGAAUGUGUAGAGCUCGUAAAAAACCUGCCAGUUAAUGCUAAAGGAAAAGUCUACAAGAAUAGGUUACUGGAUGGUUUGAAGUCUCUUAAUGGAGGGAUUGUUAAUGCCAAUAAACUUGAUUCAGUUUUGAAAACCAUGGGAUGGAAACUCACAGAAGACGAAAUUAAGGAUCUCAAAUGCAACCUGCCCAGUGAUGUAUAUGGGAGAACUACAAUGAAAAAGUUGUGUAGUGGAUUAAAAGCUUUUACAGGAAAAAAUAUUAAUGUGCAACAUCUAUCAGAUUUUGUGAGGAACAUGGGUAUUGAGCUAACAGAUAAAGAACAAAAGAGGCUGCUAAAGAAGCUUCCAGUUGAUGUUUCUGGGAAGAUCUAUCAAAAUAGAUUGUUGGAUGGUCUGAAGUCUUUCAAAGGAGGGAAGGUUGAAAGAAGUAAAGUCAAUACUGUUCUAGAAAACAUGGGAAUCGUGCUCACAGGAGAGGAGCUUCAAAGUCUAACAGAUAACCUACCAGUUAACGAUAAUGGGAAGGUUGAUCUUGAUAAAUUGAUGGAUGGAGUGAAAACUCUUACAGCUAAUGGAAACAUUGAUCUGAAUAAAGUGAUGGAUGAAGUGAAAGCUGUCACAGGAGAAAAUGUUGAUGUCAAUAGCGUUAAAGCUGUUCUGGGAAACAUGGGGAUCGAGCUCAAAGGUAAAGAAUGCUUGGAGCUGGUGAAAACUCUUCCUUUUAAGGAUGAUGACAAGAUCUUUCAAAACAGGUUGCUAGAAGUUGUGAUGUCUCUAAAAGAUGGGAAAGUCAAUGUCAACGACUUGAACGCAAUACUGGAUAAUAUGGGAAUCAAGCUCUCAGAUAAGGAACUUGAGGCUCUGACUCAAAAUCUCCCUGGUGAUGUUGAUAGGAGGACUUCUCCUAAAACACCAAUGAAGGAACUCCAAACUUUUACAGAUGAGAAGGUUGAUUCUAAUGACCUGAAAAUUUUCCUGGGAAGCCUGGGGAUUGAGCUCACAGAUCAAGAAAAAGAGAAGCUACUGAAAACACUGCCAAUUGACGCUGCUGGAAAGGUGUAUCACAACAGGUUGCUAAAGGGUGUGAAAUCUCUCAAUGGGGGAAAGGUUCAUGUAAAUAACCUGGACAACACCCUUAAGAAAUUGGGACUUGAGCUCACGGAAGAGGAACUUGCAAAGCUGUCAAAAAAUCUACAAGUUGAUGCUAAUGGAAUGGUUGGUCUGAAAGAGGUGAUGGAUGGAGUAAAAGCUACUACAGGAGGGGAGGUUGAUGUCAAAGAUGUGAAAGCUAUUCUGAAAAACAUGGGAAUAGAGUUCACAGAUAAGGGACGUUUGAAGCUGCUGAAAAAUCUGCCUUUCAAUGAUGAUAACAAGGUCUUUAAGAACAGGUUGCUAGAUGGUGUGAAGUCCCUUAAAGGUGGGAAGGUCAAUAUGAACAACCUGGGCACUGUUCUGAACAACCUGGGGAUAAAGCUUGCAGAUACGGAACUUAAAGAUCUGGCUGAAAACAUGCAUGUUGGUGUUGAUGAGAAAAUUCCUCUAGAAACACUGAUGGAAAACAUCACAGAUUUUACAGGUGAGAAGAUUGAAUCUAGUGAGCUAAGAAAUGUUCUGGGAAAUCUCGGACUUGAGCUCACAGAUGAGGAACUAGAGAAGCUGCUGAAAAUACUGCCAAUUGAUGCCAAUGGAAAGUUAUAUCGUAAUAGACUACUGAAGGCUAUGAAGUCUCUCAAAAAUGGGAAGAUUAAAAAGAAUUACCUCCAUACUAGUUUGGGAAAUAUGGGAAUGGGGCUCACAGAUGAGGAACUUGCUGGAUUGUCAGGAGACCUACAAGUUGAUGCAAACGGGAAUGUUGAUCUGCAUGACGUGAUGGAAGGAAUGAAAGCUAUUACAGGGAAAGUUGACAUCAAAAACCUGGAAACCAUUCUAGGUGACAUGGGAAUCAAGCUCACAGACCAGGAACUUGAAGAUCUGAAAGAAAACCUGCCAGUCAGUGUUGAUAAUACAGUUGCUCUGAAAACUUUGAAGGAUGAAGUGAAAGCUUUUACAGGAGAAAAGGUUGAUUCCAGGGGCCUACAAAAUACUCUAAAAGACAUGGGGAUUGAGCUUACAGACAAGGAGGCCAAGCAACUGAGGAAAACACUGCCCCUUGAUGCCCACGGAAAGGUGUUUCAAAGCAGGUUGCUGAAGGAUGUGAAGUAUAAUAAAAGAGGGAAGAUUGAUGUAAAUAACCUGGAUCCUGUUUUAGAAGCCAUGGAGGUCAAGCUGACAGAAAAGGAACUGAAUCUGUUAAAGGAUCUUCUGCGUGGCUCUAAGAAAGUUGAUCUGCAAAAACUGAUGGAAAAAGUAGAAGCUGUUACAGGAGAGGAAAUUGAUGUCAAUGACAUGGAAACAGUUCUAGGAAACAUGGGAAUAGAACUCACAGAUAAAGAACUCUCACAACUGGUGAAAAAUCUGCCAGUUGAUAAUGGAAAGGUCUAUCGAAGAAGGUUGCUGGAUGGUAUAAAGUUUCUUAAAGGAGGGAAGAUUGAUUCCAGUAAAGUGGAUGAAGUUUUGGGAGCUAUGGGCAUGGACCUCACUGAAAAGGAGCUUAAAGACAUAAUGCAAAAUCUGCCAGUUAAUGUUAAAGGCAAGGUUGAUCUGGAAAAGCUGAUGAAUGAAGUGAAAUCUUUUUCGGGAGACAAAGUUGAUGCCAAUAGACUUGAAAGUGUUUUCGAAAACUUGGGGAUUAAACUCACACCUAAUGAACAUUUGAAGUUGCUGAAGACACUGCCACUUGAUGCUGAUGGAAAAGUGUAUAAGAAAAGGUUGAUGAAGGGCAUAAAGUCUCUCAAACGAGGCAGUGUUGAUGUCAGUAAGUUGGACACUCUUUUAGAAAACAUGGGAAUCAGCAUCACAGAAGGAGAAUUCAUGGAUCUGAUAGAAAGAUUGCCAGAUGAUGAUAAAGGGAAGGUCAAACUAGAUACGUUGAUUGAAGAAUUGAGUUCUGUUUUAGGAAAGCAAGUUGAUGUCAGUGAUGUAGACAGUGCUCUGGAAGACAUGAAAGUUGAGGUCACAGACAAGGAAUACUUUAAUUUAGUAAAAACUCUACCAGUUGAUGCUGAAGGAAAGGUGUAUCAAAAAAGGCUGCUGGAUGGUGUGAAGGCUCUUCAAAGAGGAAAGGUGGCUAUGAAUAACCUCGUCCCAUUUCUGGAAAAUAUGGGGAUUAAGCUGUCACACGAAGAACUUGAAGAUUUUUCACAAAACCUACCAGUUGAUGGUGGUGGGAAGGUUGAUCUGAAAAAUGUGACAAUGAAAAUGAAAGAGUUUACAGGAGAAAAGAUUGAUGCCACAGAUCUGAAAAACAUUCUUGGAGACAUGGGGAUAGAAGUCAACGAUAAGGAAUGUCUGGAACUACAAAAAUUACUACCCGCUGAUGAUGACAACAGAGUUUUUCAGAAUAGAUUGCUGUCAGCUUUGAAGUCUUUCAAAGGAGGAAAGAUUGAUGCUAAUAACCUGAACACAGUUCUGAGGAACAUGGGGAUCAAGCUCAAAAAUAAGGAAUUUAAAAAUGUGAUACAAAAUCAACCUGUUGACGCUGAUGGAAAUGUUUCUCUGAAAAAAGUGAUGAGUGAUGUGAAAGCAGUUACAGGAGAAAAAGUUAAUGUCAAAGAUCUGAAAAAUAUUCUGGAAGACGUUGGGAUAGAAUUCACACCUAAAGAAUACCUGGAACUGGUGAAAAAUCUUCAAGUUGACGAUGAUGGAAACAUAUAUGAAAACAGAUUGCUAGACGGUUUGAAAUCUUUCAAUGGUGGGAAGGUUGAUGUCAGUAACCUGGAAAACAUUUUAGAAAACAUGAAAAUCAAGCUCCCAGAUAAGAAACUUAAAGAUUUAUCACAAAACCUACCAACUGAUGCUUCCGGGAUGGCUGAUCUGCAUAAACUGCUAAAAGAAAUAAAGAAAUUCACAGGAGGAAAAGUUGAAGCCAAGGAUAUACACAAAGCACUGGGAAACAUGGGAAUAGAACUCACAGAUAGAGAGCUCUGGGGGCUGUUGAAAACAUUGCCGAUUACUGCUGAUGGAAAGGUAGAGAAAAAUACACUGCUCGAUUAUAUAAAAGCUUUUCCUGGUGGAAAGUGCUACACCCCUAAAAUGCAAAGCAUCCUGGAAAACUUGGGUUACGAGCUGGAGGAUGAGGAAGUUGAGGACCUGCAGAAUCGUCUGCCAACUGAUGAUAUAAAGGUUAAGCUGAAUAUGCUCAUGGAAAAUUUAGAGCCAUUCAGAGGAAUCAAGAUUAAUGUUGAUGAAGUAGAUGACGUUUUGAAAAACAUAGGGAUAGAACUCACACCUAAGGAACGCUGGAGGCUGCUAAAAACCCUGCCAAUUACUUUUGAUGGAAAGGUGUAUCAUGUUCGGUUGCUAGAAGGUGUAAAGACUUUCCAAGGAGGGAAAAUUUUAGAAAAUAAACUAGAAACCAUUCUGGAAAACUUGAACUAUGACCUUGAAAAUGAAGAAAUCAAAGAUCUACGGAAUCAUUUGAAAAUUGAUAAUAGUGGAAGGAUUUCACUGAACUCCUUUAUGAGGACAGCAAAUUUAUUUUCUGGUGAUAAAAUUAAUGCCAGUGCCACACAACUUUAUCUGAAAAAUGUAGGUAUUGAGUUAACAAAUAAAGAAAGCCAGGAUCUACUGAACAUACUGCCAUUGGAUGAUAACAAUAAGGUGUAUAAAAAAAGGUUGAUGGAUGGAGUGAAGACGUACAGAGGAGGAAAGGUUAAUGUCAAUAAAAUAGAUGAUGCUCUUGAAAAUAUGGAAUUCCCACUUGAAGAGGAAGAAAUUGAGAAAUUGUGCAAUCACCUACAAGUUGAUGAUGAGAGAAGGGUUAAGCUGGAUAAACUUCUGGAUGAAGUACAUGAACUUCUAGGGGAAGAAAUUCACUAUGAAGACCUGGAAAAUAUUCUGAAAAACAUUGGGUUAAGACUCAGACUGAGGGAGAACUCUGUGUUGAUGAAAAGUUUGCCACUUGAUGCUGCUGGAAAGUUGUAUAAGCAUAAGUUGCUGCGUGGCAUAAGGUCUCUCAAAGGAGUGGAGCUUAAUGUUAAUCAGUUAGGACUCUUCAUGAAAAAUAUGGGCUUUGACCUGGAAGAAGAGGAGUACCUGGACCUGCUCAGCAACCUGCCUGCUGAUGAUGAGGGGAAGAUUGAAGUGAAUGUGGUAAUGGAUGAAGGAAAUAUUUUUACAGGUGAGAAGGUCGAUACUAGUAACCUGGAAAUUUUACUGGAAAAUAUGGGGAUAACACUCACAGAAGAUGAAGGCCUGAAACUACAGAACAAGCUUCCAGUUGAUGCCAAAGGAAGGGUGUACAUGAACAGAUUGAUGAAAGAGUUACAGUCUCUCAAAGGGGUGAAGGUGUCUCUAAAUAAGGUGGACACUUUCCUGAAAAACAUGGGAAUUGAUCUCAAGAAGAAAAAAAUCCAGGAACUGAAGGACCUCCUACCAACUGAUGGUAAUGGGAAGAUUGAUGUAAAUGUACUGAUGGAUGAAGUUAAAAAUAUUACAGGAGAGAAGAUUCCUACUGAGGACCUGAAAAAUGUUCUGAAAAACAUGGGAAUAGAGAUAACAAAUAAGGAAUAUAAAAAGUUUCUGAAAACCCUGCCAGUUUCUGCUGAUAAAAAGGUGUUUGAGAAAGAAUUACUAGAGGGUGUGAAGUCCUUCAAAGGAGGAAGAGUCAAUGUUGGUAACAUAAAAAAUGUUCUACAAAGUAUUGGGUUCAGACAUGAAGAAAAAGAAAUCCAGGACCUGCAAACCCACCUACCAGUUAUUGAAGAUGAAAAGGUGGAGUUGGCUGUGUUGAUGGAAGCAGCCAGUGCCUUUACAGGAGAAAAGGCGGAAGCCAAUGACUUAAAAAAUGUACUGGGAAACAUGGGAAUUGAGAUCACUGAAACAGAGCAGUUGAUGCUGUCAAAAACUCUGCCAGUCUCUGGAGAUGGAAAGGUGUACAAGAAAAGAUUACUGAAUAGUGUGAAACUUCUCAAAGGAAAGAAAGUCAGUAUCAGUAACCUGGACCCCCUUAUAAAGAACAUGGGAAUUCAGCUUGAGAAAGAGGACCAUCAGGACUUACUGAAACACCUGCCGACUGAUAAGAAUAAAAUGGUGGAUUUGAAUGUGGUGAUGGACAACGCAAAAGCUUUUAUAGGAGAGAAGGUUAAUGUGGGUAAUCUGAACAAUGUGCUGAGGCAAAUGGGACUAGUACUGACUGAUGAGGAGAAUAAGGAGCUGUUGAAAACUCUGCCCAUUCAUGCUGAUGGAAGAGUAUAUAAGAAGAGAUUGCUAAAAGGUGUGAAAGCACUCAGUGGACCAAGGGUCAAACUCAAAAAAGUGAAAUCCCUUGUGGAAAACAUGGGAAUUAGACUCAAUGAUGAGGAACUUGAGGAAAUAAUGACUGAUGUGUCAACUGAUGAUGAUAGAACCGUUGGUCUGAAUGAUUUGAUGAAUGCUGCCAGUUGCAUAAAGGGAGAGGUGAUUGAUAUCCAGGACUUGGACACCUUUCUAGCCAGUGAAGGGAUCGAGCUCACAGAAGAUGAUAUGAAGGAGCUGAUGCCUCAUUUGACAGUUAAAGGAAAUGGGAAGGUUAGAGUGCCUUCAAUUAUGGCGGGCCUGAAGAAGUUUAAACCAAAAGGACUCACGCCACUACACAAGUUGAUGAAAACUGAACACGAUGCUAAAGACAGAGUUAUUGGCCCCAUGGCAGUUUCUGAUAUUAAAUCAAAAGUUAAGCUGAAUCCUCUAACAAAAGUACCCAGCUCCCAUGGCAAGAGGGAUAAAGAUUUACCAGGAUCUCUCCCGUGCCAAUUACAGCACAAAGAAAGGAAGCUGAAUGCUUCACAAAUACAAGCCUUCCAAGAUGCCUACAACUUCUUUAACAAGGAUAAAACUGGCUGUAUUGAUUUACACGGAAUGAUGUGCACUCUAGCCAAGUUGGGAAUGAAUCUAACCAAGCAUGAUGUCUAUAAUGAAUUAAAAUGUGCUGAUAUUGAUGGGGAUGGAAAGGUGAAUUUCUCAGACUUCAUAAAGGUGUUAACAGAUAAGAACCGCUUUCUUAAAGCUGUGGUUCCAGAAAAGGAGAAAUGUUUAGAUUUAGCUGCCAACCCAGGGAUCCUGUUGUUUGAAAUCCUAUCAAAGCUUGUAGAGACUUCGGCCUUACCCAGAAAGGCUAUAAUGGAAAUAGUAAGCUAUUUCCAAAGAAAAUUCCAGGAAACAGGAAUGUUAUGGAAUCCCUACACCAUGGCUUAUGAAAAAAGGAGAUUUAAGCAAGACAUAUGCACCCCUCCCAGCUCAAGCACAGCUGCCUUUGCCAAUGCUGCCCGGACUGCAAUAAUGAAAGAAAAGGAUUUAUUUAAAUUUCUUGAAGAGCUCAAGAGGUGCAACCCUCCUUCAGAUAGCCCAUAUUCAAAAAUACCCAUCUUUCCAUUGUUCCCUAAUGUGGAUGGGGUGGUGAUGGGAAAGCCAUUCAAAGACAUGCAGAAAUUAGAAAUGCUAAGGAGAAAGGAGCCUCUGAACUUCUUUGAGAACUAUUUUUUCCAUAAAAGAGACUGGAAAGCACAGGCAGCAAAUAUAAAGCCUAUUGACCCCGUCUCAGGCUGUCCUACUGACAUCCUGGCCAUUGACCAAAUGCUCAAAAAGAAGCAGAAUUGGACAGUGACUGAUGCGGCAGCUAUUAAACAGCCCGUGAAGAGAGCUAUAGAUACCUAUAACUUGGGAAUUGCCCUGGAGCACCGGAAAGACAUGCUAAACCUCUGGCAGAAGAUCCGAGGGGAUUUGAUUGGAAUAGACACUAAAAAUGAGUCCUUUUAUGAUACCUUUUCUACUUACACAUGGUCCUGGAAUGUUUGCCAAGAAUUACUUUCACCAAAGGACUUAAGGUUAUAUGAUGCCUACAUGAAUAGGCAUACCUUCCACAACUCUGUAUUCUCUUCUUCCUCGGAUAUCAGUGAAUGUGACACAGACACAGGAAGAAAACGAAAACGGAAAGGUUUCAAAGGGUUUCGACGAUGAGAUUUCUACAUUUUCUAAACAGCUCACUGCAAACUACUUUUUCAUAGAUAUCAAAAUUGUGGUUUCUUGCUUUUGUCUAGUACAUUCUUAGCAGCUGGAAAUGUUGACAUCUUUUGAAUUCUGACCAGUAAAAAAGUUUAAGUCAUAA